AUGUCCAACAUCAACCAGCUCAACAUGCCCAACAUGGACAAUCUGAACAGCGAGGAGCGUCGUAUCUUUGCUCAGAUGCGCACCCGGGCUCAACGCGAUGCCGGCCGCACAUCCACCCCUGAGGUUAAUGACGUCGAAAUGUCGACUCCUACCUCCCCUCCUCAUCAGAUGUUCGGGCAAAGCCCACAUGAACAUCUCCAAGCCCAGCUUGGACUCGCAGAUCGGGUCGCUUCUAGAUUCUCAAAGCCUUCCCAAGACACCUUGCCUGGAGAGCUGUAUCUUAUCCAGGGGAGACUCGGCUCUUCAGUCUUACGCCCCAGGCAACGAAUGGGUGUCUUCAAGCUCAGUCUUGAAUACUUGGCUUUGGGAAUCGUGGCUUCAUACCAGCUUACCCCGAGAACAACCUCUACCGAACUCGCCACGACCACUACCGACCUCGCCACGGCUGCCUCCGACGAGAACGACGACGACACGAACACGCGACUCGAGGAGAUCGAACGGAAGCACCGCAAGGUUCUCAAGGAAUAUGACGAAAAGAUCAAGGAGAUUGGCGAACAGAUCUCCGUCUGCGACCAAGAGUUCUCUCGCAUCGAGGCCGACAACGACAACGUCAACAACAUCAUGCUGAGACAUGAACGCCAUGUCAAUGAGCAAAUCGCACGCCAGAACAACAGGAUCACGACGCUGGCUGAGCUGGCCAGACUCGAUGGGAUUGAGGCCAGACUGGCCCAACUCGAUGGGAUCGAGGCCAGUUUGGCCCGACUCGACGAGAGGGUGACGGCUAUCGUGGCCCACCUGAACACCGUGGCGAUGGGAAAGAUGACUGUUUGA